UUUUUGUCUCAUCAACACAAAUGUCCAAAAAAGAGGUGGCAACGUUUAACACCGCCAUUUCAUAUAUAUAUUCUUCAGUUACGUUAUUAUUCCUUCAUCCUUAAGGUUCAAGCUUGAGAUAUAUAUAACUUUCAUCGCUAAGCAAUCGUUAAAAAAAAUAGCAUUCACAUCCUUAGCUUCUGAGUUAUUAUUCAUGGAAGAAAAAGAUGAAGGACAAAGAUCAGCUAAUCCUCCUCUGGAAAAGCCUAAUGAGGGGUUGCCAAUGUCAUACAAUCAACCUGUAGAAUCAAACAAUCUCAAGAAAACAAGUUGGCCAAAGCUGGUAGGCACCACUUCUGAAGAAGCACAGAAAAAGAUAAAGAAGGAGAUGGGUGAGGCUGAUAUCCAGCUGAUUCCACCGGGUUAUUCUGUCACUUUUGAUUUUCGAUCCCAACGAGUUCGAAUUUAUGUUGAUGAAUCUGACAAGGUCAUUAGGACUCCCAGCAUUGGCUAGCUUUUCCAAUCCAUCUUGCUAAUUCUGUAAACAUAUAUUUUAAAUAGAGAAAUAUUCGAGUGUUAGUAGAAUUUAUUGUUUUUUAUCA